UAUAUCAACAUCUAGAGAAUAUAUUUUGGACACAUUGAUAAAAGGUCCGGAGCAGAGAGAGAGAAUCAUGAGUGAAGGUGAGCAAAAGGUAGUGUGUGUAACAGGAGCUUCCGGUUACAUAGCUUCGUGGGUGGUGAAGCUCUUGUUGCAACGUGGAUACACUGUCAAAGCUUCUGUUCGAAACCCAAAUGAUCCCAAGAAGACAGAACACUUGCUUUCGCUUGAUGGAGCUAAGGAAAGACUACAUUUGUUUGAAGCUAAUUUAUUGGACGAAGGAGCUUUUGAUGCUUUAGUUGAUGGCUGUGAAGGCAUUUUCCAUAUGGCAUCCCCUGUAUUCUUUUCGGUCAACGAUCCACAGGCAGAACUGAUUGACCCUGCAGUGAAGGGAACACUAAAUGUUCUCAAAUCAUGUGCAAAAGUCCCAUCUGUAAAGAGCGUGGUUGUAACAUCUUCCAUGGCUUCAGUUUUAUUCAAUGGAAAGCCCUUGAAUCCUGAUGUGGUGGUUGAUGAGACAUGGUUUUCAGAUCUUGAGUUUUGUGUGAAGCAGAGGCUUUGGUAUAUGGUUUCAAAAACUUUAGCUGAAGAGGCUGCUUGGAAAUUUGCAAAGGAAAAUAGGAUUGACUUAGUCACACUAAAUCCAGGGCUUGUGAUUGGUCCUCUCUUGCAGCCAACUAUUAACUUCUCUGUUGAGCCUAUUCUGAAGCUUAUAACUGGAGCUCAAACCUUCCCCGAUGUAGUUCAUAGAUUUGUUGAUGUAAGAGAUGUUGCUUAUGCACAUAUUCAAGCAUUUGAAGUUCCUUCUGCCAAUGGAAGAUAUUGUUUGGUUGGACGUGUUGCACACUUUAUUGAGGCCGUGAAGAUUUUAAAAGAACUCUACCCUUCCUUGAACCUUCCUGAGAAGUGUGAAGACGACAAGCCCCUCUUGCCAAUCUACCAAGUGUCCAAGGAGAAAGCAAAAAGUUUGGGUGUAAAUUUCAUUCCUUUGGAAGUGAGUCUUAAGGACACUGUUGAGAGCUUAAAGGAGAAGGGUUUCGUUAAUGUUUAGAUUGGUGUCUUUGAGCAAGAUAUGAUGGAUAACAAUACCAAAACAGAACAUAUCUUGUUUGUCAUCUCAUGCUUUUGUAAUUACUUAACAAUAUGAAAUAAUGAUUACUAUAUAAAUAAAUUAAGCAUCAAAUCUCCUACAUAUCAUACAAACAAUAUUUUUGUUUGCAAGGCAAUGCUAGGCUUAUGUGCUACUUAUGAAUGUUACUUUUAGAAACGUGUUUCAUAAGGAUGUAGGUCAUAAUGAUAUAUCUGACUUUUUUAUUUUUA